AUCAAGAUAAGAUUUUGUGUUCUGGGUUUUCUUCACUGCUUCAAUGGGUUCUUUAAUUUCGGGCCUUUUGAAAGCCCGUUGAAGAUCUGGGUCUGUGACAGUUUUCUUCGAUCUGACGCAUUGUUGUUUUGACUGUGGUCUUUUAUGUGCUAUGUGAUGGAGAAUUGGUUUGGUUUGGUUUGAUCGUUGGGGGGAAGAAACGCUCUUUUUUCUUUAUGGGGUUGUUGUGAGAAUGGUGUUGAUGAUGACACAGAAUCCCUUUUGUACUACUCCAUGUAUGGGCAUGUUGAGAAACUUGCAGAAGAAAUAAAGAAAGGGGCUUCUUCUGUGGAAGGUGUUGAGGCCAAAUUAUGGCAGGUACCCGAGACACUUCCUGAGGAGGUUCUUGGUAAGAUGAGUGCACCACCCAAGAGUGAUGUACCAUUCAUUACCCCCAAUGAACUCUCUGAAGCUGACGGCUUUGUUUUCGGCUUCCCAACGAGAUUUGGAAUGAUGGCUGCUCAGUUUAAAGCCUUUCUAGAUGCUACUGGAGGUUUAUGGAGAACACAACAGCUUGCUGGCAAGCCUGCUGGACUCUUCUACAGUACCGGUUCACAAGGUGGUGGACAAGAGACUACAGCGCUCACUGCUAUAACUCAACUGGUUCAUCAUGGAAUGAUAUUCGUUCCAAUUGGAUACACGUUCGGUGCGGGCAUGUUUGAGAUGGAGAAAGUUAAAGGUGGAAGUCCAUAUGGAGCCGGAACUUACGCAGGUGACGGCUCAAGACAGCCAAGUGAGCUUGAGUUGGAGCAAGCAUUCCACCAAGGGAAGUACAUUGCCACCAUCACAAAGAAGCUCAAGCUAGCUGCAUAAUGUUGCCUUAAUAUAGACAUACUAUUACUAAACCAUACCAAAAUAUUGCUUGGAAAUCAUUACCCAUUUUUUAGUCUUGAAAUAUAUUGAGUUUUAUUUUUCCGUGCUUGCAAGUUAAUUUUUUUUUUUUUCCUUCUUAAUCUUCGUAAAGGAAAUGCUUUGUAUGCGUGUUACAUGUUGUAGUGGAUGUUGCAAAUUUGUUGAAUGAUGAAAGUUUGUCUGUCUUGUCCUUUCGUGUUAGGCUGAAA